CCUUCCCUCACCAUCUGCUCAAUCUCACAACUCCAGCUCUCACAAGAGUCUGAAUGAAGGGGUGACUUUCUCCUCUAGUUUGACUUACGUUGCAAUACUGAAAGACUCAAACUGGAUCGUCUUCAGAAGGGAAAUUCACGCUCAUGCCAGGUCAGCCUUUGUGAAAGACUUCGACUGGAUUCCCUGGAAUACUGUGGAUUUUCUGCUCUGGCAUUUCAAUCACUUGGAAUGACCACUAAAGUCUCACAUCCUGGAACCCUCCGGAUUUGACCUAAAAUUAAUUCUGAUUUUGCAUUGAUGAAAAAGAAUUUGUCUAUAACUUUAUGGUGACUUUAAGACUCUUGACUUGAAGAGAAAUUACAUGGGGAAAACAAAUCUUCGGGCAGUCCAAGUGUGACUCUGCUUCUGUUUUCCCGUUUCGGUGAGGCCUCCGACCCAGCAGCCAAGACAUCCCCUGACCUGCCAUGUACCCCAACCCCCUCGUCUACUGCACCUGCUGGGAUCCCUGGAACCUGGGGCCACGAAAGCUAAUCAAGACCCCUCAGCCACCAAGGAAGACCUCCUCGAUGAAGCCCAAGCUCUCUCCUCUUCCUCCAGCUGGAAGAAAACAAAAUUAUGCCCAACCGAUAACAAAAUCUGUUGUCACCCCAAAAAUGAAAGUCCAUUUAGGAAAACAAGAGGAGAGCAAUAAAUUACCUAAUGAAGUGAUAGAUGUAUCACCUGGCUACCGCCUCGUUCGGAACAGGGAGCGGAUUUCUGUCACCUUGGGAGAUGAGAUGUUUGAUAGGGAAAAACAUUCAGAAUCGGAGAACAUGGACAAAGUCAAAAUUUCCAGGACUGAUAUCAUUGCUGACCUCAAAGAACAGAUCUCAGAGUUGACAGUGAUCAUAGAGCAAAUGAACAGAGACCAUCGUUCUGCCCAAAAAUUGCUCUCUAAUGAAAUGGAUCUCCGUUGUGCCGAGAUGCAGAAGAACUUUGAAAGCAAGACGAGGGAGCUCAAGGAAGCUCACACAGCACAGCUCAGUGAGUUGGAGAAAAACUACAAAGAAGCCUUGAAGGCAGAAAAGUUGGCUGCCCAGAACAAACUAGAGGAGAUGGGAAAAGAAUAUAAAUAUUUGAAGAAUAUGUUUCAUAUAUAUCAGGACAGCAUUUAUGAUGAAAUGGAGGACAAGUGGUCAAAGAAGAAGGCAGAGUGGGAGAAGGAUGAGAAGGUGGAGCGGGAGAGGAUACUGUUGCAGCAAAAACAUAAGAUAACCAGAAAGUUUGAGUUAGAAUCAGAAGAAGAAAGGAAGAAAAUGAAUGAGUCCUACACAGCUAUCUUUGAGAACUUCAAUCAGGAGAAGGAGGAGCUCUUAAAACAACAUGAAAGGGAUACCUUGCAAUUAGAGGAGCUUAGAAAGACAAAAGAGGUCAUAGAGGAAGAGUUGUAUGCUCAAGCUCUUAUCCUAGAAUCACUUAACACAACCCUCUACCAAACCCAGAUGGAACUCCAGAGAGAGAAAGCUGUGGUAGCAACUCUGGAGAAAACACUCCAGAUCAAGCUUACUGAAGCUGAAGACAAGUUUAAGUACACCAUACACCACUUGACAGAAGAAAACAUUCAUCUAAGGCAAAAGAUAAUUGCCAAAAAUGAAGAAAUUUAUGAUGAACUAUCUGGGAGAUCUACCUCUGUUAUUUACGAGCAUAAUUCUGACACUUUAGAAGAUGGUGGCAACGAAACACAAGAAUCAUGAGAAGAAGAGUUGGUCUCUAUGACCAAAGAUGUUAGGAACCAUCUUUGGUAGGCUUAAGAACUCCUGUGAGCUUUUCUUGAGAAAUGCAUAUGGUGAGUUUAGCUUUUGGCCUUGCCUUGAUUCUACUUGUGACUUUUCACAAUUUGUUUUCUUCUGAGUGACUGAGAAUGUUUGAAUUCUCAUUUUAAUUACAUAGACAUUCAUGACUCUUCAUUGAAAAGUGACUGUCUCUAUACCUAGAGCUGAGGGUCUCUAGGCUUUGUACUAUUUUCUCUUCCACCUUUACAUAUUUCAUUACCAAAGACACUUACCUGAAGACACUUGCACUUCUUUCUAUUAAAUGUUGACAAUAUUUUGGGGUGUGCCUUUUGUCCCCCAGACAUUUCACUAGCAAGAAUGAUAAUUUGCUGAAUUGAUCCCCCAAACCUUUUCUCUCUUAUAUGUGUCUCCACUCCCCUACUUCUCAAUAUGUUCCCUACCCUGUGAUUUGGGAAGAAUUUCUGAUGAUUCCUGCCAUCAUCUCUAAACUAUUCCCAGAAUUCAAAUGUCCAGAAGGCAGGCAACAUAAAUAAGGGAAGUGGGCUUGACAUGAGAAAAAAAUAACCAUAUAAGCACAGUGAUAAAUGGUAACUGGCAGAACUCUCAAUGAGGGAAUUGGGCAGGAUGGUGUGGGGACUGGGGGUAUGGGAUAAGGGUUGUGGAAAUUUGGUGAACCCAUUUCAUUGUUGCCAAACAGAAGCAUGGUGUAAUUGUGGUCAGAUACUCUGAUCUUCAAAAGAAAGUAUUCUGGGCUUUAUGUGACAGCUUCAAAUUUUUAAAUAUGGAGAAGUGGGAUUUUUUUUAGACCAGAAAUGUUUAAAAAAUACAACUAUGUGAAC